ACAGUCGAACUAAUUUACCUAGAACUUCUUCGAGUUCUAAUUCUAGAGCUGAUCAGGAUUUUGGCCAACGCAAGAAAGAAGGGAAUUCUUCCGAAACCAUGAAUGUCGAGAUACAGCUAGAAGUAGAUGAAGCUUUAGCUAGAGAGUUACAAGAGAUGGAGAAUCAGUUCGCCAGUACUUCUGUCGGUGAAGCUGCUGGUACAGCAUCUGAUACUAGCAGUACAGGAUCUUCUGUAGGAAAUGCAGAAGGCAGUUCUUCUAAUACAUCAUCACAGGUUGCAAGAGAAGAUGAUAUUGACCCAGAGAACAUGACCUAUGAGGAGUUGCAAUCAUUAACUGAAGCCAUAGGUACCGAAAGCCGAGGCCUAUCAGAUGAGCUUAUAUCCUUCUUGCCUUCGUCUACUUACAAAACCAGACUAUUUUCCCGAAAAGAGAAACGUGAUGAGUGUGUGAUAUGUUACAUGGCUUACAAAAAUCGAGAUAAACUGAUCAAGCUUCCCUGCCAACAUCAAUACCAUAAACAUUGUAUCACUCGUUGGUUGAAGAUCAACAAGGCAUGCCCGGUAUGCAAUGAAGAGGUUUUCGGGUCUUAAGAUGUUGCAUUUCCAUUGAAAACAACCAAUAUAAAUGAGCAAGCACCUGAUCCUGUUGCUUAUGAACUCAUGAAAGUAUGCUCAGUAAAGAGAACAAUACUAUUAUCUGACAGUCCAAAAGUUCUCUUAUAGGCACGACAUGGGAGGGAGAGGUAAUAAAAUAAUACUCUAUUAACUUAUUCAUGUGUAAAUACCCAUUUUAUUUGCUAUAUUUGUUGUGCUGCUGGAAUUCAUGUUGAAAACUUGUGGAAGUUAAGUUUAUAGAGAUGCUUAAUAAGUUGUUGCGAAUCGAUUUUUGGUAUUGUUGCAUACAUUCAUUUGAUGGAUUAUACAUAAUUUUAUUUUGAAGAAAA